UAAUCAAGUUCGCGUACCACUAACAAUGGCCGCUACGAGCAUCGGAGCUCUGUGGAGUCUCAGAAGAGCAGCUCAAGCUUCGAGUUUCCGCAUUCCCCUUGCCCUAAACCUCUCCUUCCACCAGGCCCGUUUUCCUCCUUCGCCGUCUUCUCCUCCGGGGUCGUCAGGAAUAUGUCAAUUAGUGCAAGCUGUAAAAGGAGACAUUGAUGUUUUACUCAACGGAGUAGGAGAUAAAGGUGUUAUUGUAGAUGUGAAGCAUAUUCUUGUGAUGGCCAAACGUUCAUUGUCAAGACGAGAAGUUCUCCAUACGAACUUUCUCACCCCACCUGUGGUGAAAGAGUCAAUGCUAGCUAUACAAAAACUAGCUGACGUGAAAGCAAUAGCUCAGGGAGGAUACCCAGAGGCAGAGCGCUGCCGGAUUUCUGUUGGGCAUGCAGAUGAACUAACAAGUGAUCCAGACAUAAUUUCGGCAUUGAGUAUCACAGGAAAUUUUACGUUUCACCCUUGCUCACACGGGGACUUCCUUGGAUCAAUUCUUGGUACAGGAAUUGCUAGGGAAAAGCUUGGCGAUAUCAUACUCCAGGGAGAAAAUGGAGCUCAAGUAGUACUUGUUCCAGAACUCGUCGACUUCCUUAUAUCGUCACUGCGCAAGGUUGGUAAUGUCACAGUUUCUUGUACGAGGAUUCCGUUGACAGCUCUUGAUUAUGAACCACCAAAGACUAAGACAUUUAACACCAUUGAGGCAUCUCUUAGGGUGGAUGCUAUAGCAAGUGCUGGGUUCAAGAUUUCACGGUCCAAACUAGUGGAUUUAAUCAGCAGUGGUGAUGUUCGUGUCAAUUGGACACCGGUUACAAAAAAUGGAACCACACUGAAGACUGGUGAUGUUGUUUCUGUUAGUGGUAAAGGCAGACUAAAGAUUGGAGAAAUAAAUUCUACGAAAAAAGGGAAAUUUUCUGUUGAGCUUAUCAGGUACGUGUAAGCUCUGGCGUUAUUGGAUCGUUUCGAGUUGAACCAAGUAAGAUAUCAGUAGCAAAAGCUCCCUCAUGAACAUCAUGAUUCCUUCUUUGGGAAGAAGGAAGGUAAGUCACUGUUCAACAUGACACGAACCUGAUUGUACAUAAAAUCUGAACAUCCAUUCAUCCAUUCUUAAAAAUUUUGCAUUUGGAAAAUUUAUCUCUUCACAUUUCUAUGCCGGGAAAUAUUGGUUCUUUUGUCUUUGGGAUGUGUGAUUUUAUGUCCCUGGAAUGGAAUUUAUUAUGCAAAUUAAUGUUGUCAAAGGGAGGGAAUGUAAAUACAAAAGUUAUAGCUUCGCAGUAACUAUUUGUAGAUCCAAUGAUAUUUGACC